GGCAACUGGCUGUCGGAGGUCCUCUGAUUCUCAGCGCAGUUCCGCCUCGGUGUCACCACCAGCAGACGGACGCUUCGUUUCAGGCUUCCCUGUCCAUCCUCCGGGAUGUCUCUCCUGGAUAAGUCCCCAGCCCCCGGCGGGCUGCUGCUGGACGACACGCAGCCGCUGACAGCGUCGAUAGAAGCGAGCCAAACGCUCCAGUCCCACACGGAGUACAUCAUCAGGGUCCAGAGGGGUGUAUCCUCAGACAACAGCUGGCAGGUGAUUCGCCGCUACAGUGACUUCGACAUCCUGAACAGCAGCUUGAUGGUCUGUGGAAUCAGUUUGCCGCUCCCUCCGAAGAAGCUGAUCGGAAACAUGGACAGAGAGUUCAUAGCAGAGAGGCAGAGGGGACUGCAGGCCUACCUGGACUUCAUUACCCAGCAUCCCCUGAUUUCUACUUCCCUGUUUGUCAAGAAGUUCCUGGACCCCAACAACUACUCUGCCAACUACACAGAAAUUGCUCUGCAGCAGGUCUCCAUGUUCUUCAGGUCGGACCCAAAGUGGGAGGUUUUGGAGCCCCUCAAAGAUAUGGGCUGGAGGAUAAGGAAGAAAUAUUUUCUCAUCAAAAACAAGGAGCAGUCCAAAGAGCGCUUUCUGUUGAGCUGGGUGGAUCUGGGUCCAGAUAAAUUCCUCUCUGAAAAAGACCUGCAGUCCACCAUGAAGCUCCUGACCAACCUAUCUACCCCGUAUCUGUGUCCGCUGGUUUUCUCCAGCACCAGCGAGUCUUCGGCUCUUCUCAUCCGACCUUUCAGUGAAAAAGGCUCUCUGAGAGACCAGAUCUGCAAGGUGAAACCCAGAGAGAGUCACCUGAAGAAGUACUGCAACCCCAAGAAGAGCCAGGGCCUGGAGCUGGAGCAGAUCAAACUGUACGGCCGACAGAUCCUGGAGGGCCUGAAGCUUCUCCACGACAGCGGCCUGUUCUUCGGCCAUCUGCACGCCUCAAACGUUGUGGUUGACGAGGGAGUGUGUCGGCUGGUGGACAUAGAGAACGGCGUGCUGGGAGUUCCCUCCAUCCUCAGGCCGGCUUUCACACAGCUGAGGAAGAUCAAUACCACAGAAAGCAUCGACGUGUUCUGCUUCGGACAUUUACUGUACGAGAUGACAUACGGCCGGCCGCCGGACAGCGUCCCCGUCGAUCACUUCCCAUCAGUCCCCUACUCCUCCGUGGUGUCAGUUUUGCAGUCCAUCCUGUCCACGGAGGCCUGUAAGAGCGGGAUGCCCACAGUGCCAGCUCUCAUCCAGACUCCGCUCUUCAGUGACGUCCGGCUCAAUCACUCAGAAAAACUACAGAUCAAGGUUCCCAGCAGGCUGAAGGAGGCACUGAAGGAGGCUAAGGGAAGUUUGGAGAAGAGGCUGCGUGAAGAGCAAAGACUGAUCCAUCAGCACCGGAGGCUGACCCGGGCUCAGUCACACUACGGCUCUGAGGAGGAGAAGAAGAGGAGGAAGAUCCUGGCGAGGAAGAAGUGCAGACAGUCAACGUACGAGAACGAAGAGGACGUUUCAGUCAGAAACAACAACAACUCUGGUUCAGGAGCCAGUUCCCCUCCAACGUGUCCCUCCUCCCCUGCUCCCUCCUCCACCACAGGACCCCACACCACACCUCCUCCUCCGCCUCCUCCUGCUCCUCCUCCUCCUCCCGCUGUGCCCAACUCUUCCUCCAGUCCUCUACCUCCCUCCUCCUCCUCAGACGACGCCGGAGGAGGUCGGGCCGCCCUGCUCAGCUCCAUCCAGACCUUCAGCAAAGGCAAGCUGAAGAAGGCCGACACCGUGGACCGCAGCACGCCCAAGUUCUGACCCGGCGCCACGGCAACCUGCCGCCUCUGCACUGUGCUCAAUACGUCCCUGAGAUGUGAAAACAAAUCACUAACAGAAAAAAUCCAAGUACUUUUUAUUUCUUUCUGCUUCUUUUAACUUUUUUUAACCUGUUGCUGUGAGAAUUGGACGGGUCAGAACCGGACUCCCAUCCAUCCGCCUACAGACGUUCUGGACAAUCCUCAGCUUCUUUUUCCCCUCCGGUGUCGGUAGGUGAGGCGUUCCCUCCAGGUGGCGGCUGGACUUUCUGGCAGGUCAAAGAUUCUGCUGCAGCUCUGGGUUUAUGAUUGUACCGAGGUUGAAUUCCCUGGAUCAGAACUUUAAUGUCCUGUAGUUUUCCAUACUGUUGGGUUCUUGUUGGUGGAGUGGCUCGGAGCUGAGACUGUUUAAAAAAGAUGUUUUUUUUUUUCGUAUUUUCAGAGAGAAACGUAGGCCUUGAUCUGCUUCAUGUCUUGAAGCUUCAGAAGGGUUUUCACUCUUUCCAGCACCGUCUGGGUUUGUUUUCUCUGUUCCUUUGGCUUUGAAAUGCAUGAAGAAAGGAAGUGAGAGAAAGGAAGGAGAUGUUAUUCCCUGUCUGUUUUGAAGGCUUUGCAUUUGAAGCCCACCAGGUGCAGAAAUAGCCUCCAGAAAUUCACAGAAAACUUCUUUUUAAUCUUUAAAAUUUAUAUUUUUCCAGUUUGGGAUUGUGAAACUGUCAGAGCCCAAUUAGAACCAUUUAUUUUUACAUUCAGUUUCAAAUCUACUUGAUAAUUUUGCACCUUAAAGAAAAAUGAAAUUUUUUCCCCCCACAUAAUAUCCCAAAAAGGUGAGCAGGUACAAUCUAAAGGUAUUUAAUUAAAAUUAUAUGACUUGAGCAAUCAGAACCCCUUUAUUUAAACGUCAUUUGAUAAACAUUUCUUAAUCAAAUUUGUGUUGGAACAUUUCCAAACCUUUUCCAGCUAAAUCUGGAUUAAAAUGAUGGAAACGGUCAUUUAAGAAAGGAGAUAUUUAAACUACAGGCUGCUGAUUUCCUCUGAACGGACUGAGAGCAAAAUCAACGGUCCAGUUCUGAAGCCUCGCCACAUCUGGACCAAACACAGCGGGGAUUGUCUAAACCCUCAGCUGCGUCUGUCAGGCAUCGAUCUGCAUGUCUGCCGAUCCAUUGCCCCUGCAGAGCAGGUUUCUAACUGAGCUCCACAAUGUUUCUUUUUAAGUUUACAGGAUUUCAGAGUCACUUAAAAAAACACCAAAAGUGAAAAUAUUACUGAAAGAGGUGAGCAGAGAUACCGCUUGUGUGGAAAUGUAGAGCCAGGGGUUAAAGAGGAAUCAUGAUGCCCAAAGAAAACCUUUAUUUAUCCAACAUAAACAUUUGACCCUUUUCUGUAGGAAUCAUUUGUUUUUCUAAAGUAUGUUGGGAUGAAUGAACCUUUCAGAAAACGCUGGAGGUCCGUUUCAUCCAAUAGUUGCUAAAGGUUCAUUUCAAAGCCCAGGAGGGUUUUUUUUAUUUUCAUGCAGUUUUGCCGUUUAAUUUUCUUGUGCCGUAUGGACUAACUUCCGCCGAUGGAGAUGUUGAAUGUCUUUUUUUUUUUUUUUUGCAUGUGACAGUUUGGUACAUAAAGAUCUUUAUAUUCAAUCCUGCCAGAGUUCAGCACACAGAUGUACAAUUUCUGUUAGAAAUUGAGGUCAAUGCAGCUUUGCUUGGAGUUUAUGUUCAGCCAGCUGAUCAGAAGUGUGCAGGAAAACAGCUUCCAGGAUCUCUGCUGUUCUUUAAGGAAGGACGGCUUCAUUUUCUCUGCUCAGUCGCCCAGUCCGCAAGAAGAGAGAGAAUCUGAAUUUUAAAACGCCAUUGAUUAUAUCACCGUCUGCUUUAGGUUAUAAAGUAAAAAGAACCACCUUUUUUGAUUUGUCUCAUAGCCAAAAAUAUUCAAUUUGUAGAAAAGUUAUAGAUCCUUCCUUCAGCUGUGCAUUGAGGCCUCAACCAUCGCUUACCUCCACAGAGACGCUUCUGACCAGAUCUGUGUGCAGCAGACAUUAAUAUAAGCCUGGAGAUACUUAAAGGAACAGAAGUUUACAGAAACAUCUUAUAUCUACUUUCAAGCUUUAAAGCUUUGACAUUUGCAGCUUUGAUGAAACUAUAAAUCCUUAAAGGAUUUUUGGCUUUUCUUCCAGAUUCUGCUUGGGAGCUAAAAAGUCAUCGCAGGUCAAACUGAAGCUGAUUUAACCUAAAAUCUGUGUGCUGAAGUAGCCGGAAAACAUUUUUGUUUGAAAUCAAACCAAGUUCUUGUUUAAAAAAAAAAAACUAAUCUGUGCAAUCCCAACAGACGAGAUGGUCCUCGCAUCCUGAACGGUCUUAUAAAACGAGCUCAGAUUGUCAGCGCAGCACUUUACAGGUGUGGAGGAUCCGUCCAGAUCUGCAGAACUUAUUAUUUCCAGAUCUGCACGGUCUGAGAAGCACUCGACAUUUCCAGAGUCUGCAGUCUAUGCUGCUGCUAAAUGAAACAAACUCUUUAAGAUGAAAUGGAAUGAAUAAUUGCCUAAAAACGGUUCAGGGAAACAAUGAGUCGUAUAUUGCACAUAUUUGUGGCAAAUGUAUCUGAUUGCUUCGUUUAAUGGGGAGGGGGGGGGAUUUAAA